AUGAUACUGUUCAUAAGAGUAUCGUAUGCAAUUGAAUUUGGCAUAGGAAUGGAGACCAGGAUGGAUGACGUCUUCUUCUCAAUGAAUCAGAGUGAGAAUCGGGCGAUGAGGCUGGCCAACGAGGAGGAGCUGGCUGAAUUUGAUCAAUUUAGGGAGGGAGAAAGGGGAGCCAGAUUUCCAACCUACAGUGAGAGAUACGCUAUAAACGUGAUUCACGAUAUGGGAAUAGUGGCAGUACAGAGGAAUAGGGCAGUAUACGACAGCAAUAUUGAUGAUUUGAGACGGUCUUAUCGGUAUAUUAUGGAUGACUGUAAUGAAAAUGAAAGAGGGAAGUUUGCGAUUCUGAGAAUGGCACAGGGAAGCACGUUUGAGGGAAUGAGGCACUGCAACGACUUCAUCGCAAACAGGGCAUUGAGUUUGGGGGUGAAGGUGCGAGGAGACCACGCCAGAAGAAACUACGUGUUGUUGGAGAUGGUUGGAGACGAUCCAAUGGUGCUCAUGGUUCAGUUUGAGAUAGCCAACCUGCGAUUGGUCAACAGGGGGGCUCGGACUCGCAUAUUUAGGUUAGUAAAAGACAAUUUGGUGAUCAAACUAUGCAACCAAACGAGAUACACCGAUAUCAAGAUCUAUAAAAAUAGUGUUGCAGGCAGGUUCGAACCAGAGGAGCUGGUUGAUGGCAAUGCUGAAAAUGAGGUGUUCUACGUGAAUCUCAGUCAAAGAACCACAGUUGAUAAGGAGAUGGACGUCUUCAGCAAUUACAUGAAUCUAACAGUGAAAUGGUGGGAAUACGAGUACAAGAAGGACAUAGUACGGGCAAUAAGACAGGUUGGAACAGAUCACAUCAUAACUGACUACACGGGUACGAUACAAAGUGUACUAACCAAGUUGGUGAUGAAAUUAGGGUGGACCAGGGAGCAGGCUGAAAUGAGACUUCUUGGCCUAUUUGGGUCGUAUGAGAUCAUCAGAAUAAUCUCCAGUGCGUACACCCCCUUGGAAUACGACUUCUGGUACACACAAAAUAUCAAUCCUGAUCAAUGGUUUCAUGAUGAGGUGAUGGCAAUAGAUGAUUCGAUGAAAAUGGUAGAAAACAGAAUAAUGAACGAGAAGGAGAACAGAAUUGAACUCGCAAAUGCAUUUUCCAAGAUGAAUAACGUGCCAGAAGUAGAGAAUCCAGUUGUAGCCAGAAAUGUACAAAUAGAGUUGGAAGACAGUGACUGUAUUGGACCAGAUAGGAGCAGUAACAUGCCAUACGUCCUGUUCUUCUGUGGAAUAGGCCUCUCCUUCUGCUUCAGCCUCGUUGCCCUUCUCUACAACAUCUGGAUCGUAAACAAAACCAGGGACAAAACCAAGGCCAAUUCCCCAAAAUAA